GUGACCAUGUGUAAUAUUCAUGCGUCUCGCGAAACCUGCCGUAAAUGACAGAGGGGACAUAACUAACAUUGCAUUUUUAGGAUGAUUUGGGCCCCUGUAGCGGAGAGACUGUGAACGAUGUUGCAGUUCUUGAGCGGCGGACACUUCAGACGGGUCACCCUGCUGUCCCUGAUCCACGGCCCUGUGUCCUGGGACGCCCUCAGACAGGCAGGCCCCCGAAACGCCACAAAACGAUGGGUGCGCACUUCAGCUUCGGCCUUCUCUGUAGCCUCUCAGAAGCCCCCCGACAGAGAUGCACAGCAGAGCCCAGCUGGUGCCAACCAGGGGGACUCGGCAGAUGUGGAUCCCCUCCAGGACAAAUCCAUGGGCCUCGUCCAGCGGUUUAAGAAGACGUUUAAGCAGUAUGGCAAAGUUAUGAUCCCUGUUCACCUGCUCACAUCCUCCAUCUGGUUCGGUGCCUUUUACUACAGUGCCAUGAAAGGCGUGAACCUGGUGCCGUUUCUAGAGUACAUCGGAUUUCCUGACAAGCUCAUUAAACUUCUGGAGAAUUCGCAGAGCGGCUAUGCGCUGACUGCUUAUGCCAUGUAUAAGAUUGCCACCCCGGCGAGAUAUACGGUGACUUUGGGAGGAACGUCCCUCUCGGUGAAGUAUCUGAGGAAGCAUGGCUACAUGUCAACCCCUCCUCCCGUUAAGGAGUAUCUCCAGGAGAAGAUGGAGGAAACAAGAGAGAGGAUCUCAGAGAAGAUGGAGGAGACCAAGGAUCGCUUCUCAGAGAGGAUGGAAGAAACCAAGGACAAAUUCACAGAAAAACUUCAAGAAACCAAAGACAAGGUGGGUUUCCGGAAGAAAUCCGAAUAGGUUUUCUAUGCCCCAGUAACCCCCCACCAUGUCACCACUGGAAGAAGAUGCACUAGGCUGUUUCUCUCGCGUCACCUGAUGAUAUCAAGAAGUGUCACACAUUCAAUUCAUCAGCAAAUUAUCUGGGUCCACAUUAGGGAGAAAUACCACAAACACUUUAAAACAGACUAAAUAGCGAUCCCACCAUCUUUAACCACCUCCACUAGUGUGCAUGUGCAACUGUCGCAGGAUGGACGCGAAGUUUCCCGAGGCAGACUGCUGCUGGCCUCCCUCUCGACUGAAGCGUUUCUGAAACACUUUCUUGAAAGCAUGCACUUGUUGUAUCUGCAGUUUACAUCUGUUGCUGUAAUUUCGCCCAGCGCUCCAGCCAGUGUUUGCACUACUGCUUUUACCAUGAAAAAACAUGGCUAACUCAUAAAUGGCCCUUAAACAUUAGUGAUGACACUUACUGACAGACUGGUUACAAUUAACAUCCUUAAAGUUAAUGAGACUUCAUUAAUGACAGUAGGCAUUGAUUGGUACCUGUGUAAUUAUGCAAAACGGUGUUGCUCCUAACUUUUGUUUGCAGGCCUGAGAUCCAUGCUAAGGCAUCUAACCUGAUGUAUAUAGUACAGUAAGUGGGAGGAAUAUUGUGCAAUGCUGUACUUGUUUAAGAAUGAAAAGGUAUAAAAGCACAGGCAUUUUAAUGUGAAUUAGUGCUUAGUUAGGAUCGACAGGACGCACCAUAAUGUAAUAUCAUAAUACCCAUGCCUUUUGUUUGUUACGGUUUACUUGCUCUUUAUGAUUAACAUGGUAUUUUUCAAUACUGUAUUUAAGCACUCAGGCUCUUGGAUUUAUUUUGUAUAAUUGUGGUCCUUGUAAAAUGGGGGCAAAGUUUAUGUCAGUAAUGGGCAGUCCUUUGUUCGAGUUCGGGUGUGGGAAAAUGGCCACACCAUGGUCAGACAUGUUCAUGUUUUGUUGCCAUAGCAAUUACCUGUACGGGUGAACCUGAAUCAUAAUAAUAAAAUGUACCUGCAAUAGC